CGUCAUAGGGUUUGAACACCAGCGACCGCGCGCAGGACUAAAGCAUUAGCUAAACGUUUUAUGACUUUUUGCCAAUUUACGCGUCAGGUCAAGAAUUUUUACCUGCCAACUUUUUAUUGUUCUUUCAGGUGCGCGGACUGAUCCAAAGGUGAGAAUUCUAAAGGCUUUUGCGCAUUUUACGUGAAGAUGCUAGUUAGCCAUCGGCUACCCCACUGAACGAUUCAUGUAAAUAAACAAGCCAUGAUAUCUACAUCAUAUGUAUCUAAUUAGCAGUUUAUUGGCACAUCCGUUGACGGUGAAUCUUAUGUUAAUCAUAAGAAUUAGUCUUCAAGCGCGUUUUCAGCGCCAGCUAUCUAAAGCAGUUGUGUAAGGUGUACAAAUGUUGCAUUUACGCAAGAGUGUGUAUGUGUAGUUUAUGCCUUUCCAACACGUUUAUAACAGUUUAGACUUUGAAAAGGUAUUUUCUAAGAAAUGCCAGUUCGUUAAGUGAUUUUUUGAUUUUUUUUUAAAAUUAUUAUUUUUCUUACUUUUUGCAGGACUUCGGUUGACAAUGCUGAAUUCUAAAUAUAUGUACCAUAAUUUCUAAGAUCGGAAGUACCUGUGUCAGUUCACAUGUUGAGAGCAAUCGAACACGUUCUCACAGCAAUGGAUCUCCAGAAAAUCAUCCACGACGCACUAUACGACUUCAUUUUAACAUAUAUACCGCACGUGGAUCUGAGUACACUAGAUGAUGUGAUUAUGUCUUACAUCACCGGGGUGCUGGAAGAUUUGGGAUCUCAAGAAAGUGUGGAGGAGAACUUUGAUGUAGAGGUGUUUGUUGAAAUGCUUGAGGCCUACAUCCCUGGUUUUUCCGAUAUUGACAGUGUCAAAGUUUGCGAGAUGAUGUUUAAUUUGGCAUCAAAGUUGGCCUCUGUACGGCACACAGAAUCUGGAGAGAUAAAAAUAGAGGAGAUUACAUUUCCCCUCUCCGAAAGUUCUGCCUUAACCCACAGAGACUCCGUAGCAAAGACACACAACCUUACAUCACAAGCAGAGGGAGCCACAGCUAAGGUGAGUGAAUCUGCGUGGGAUAACCAGGAGCAACAUCUCCUUGAGAUGUUCCCCAAGUGCAGUGUGACAGAGGCAAGAAGUGCAUUGUCUAUUGCUAAAGGAGACAUGGAGGAAGCUGUUCGCCUCAUUAUUGAGGGUGAUGUCCAGCUUAAGUGCCCUCCAUCUCUCAAUGCAAGUCAAGGGAAGACCAUAUCUGCAGAAGUUGAUCAGAAACUUAAAGCAAGCAUUUUAGAAAAGUACAUGCUGGUUGACAGUGAAGAAGAUAAAAAAAUACACAGACCAGUCACUCCUAAAGAUGCCCCUAAGAAACUGGUGCGCUACCACGGCAGUCAGGUGGUCACCACAAAGGGAGAGCGCUACCAUCUUGUCAAGAAAGAAGAGGAGGAAGAUAUGAAAAAGACCUACGUUAGUCUCAAGCCAGCACGCAAAUAUCGCUUUCAUUGAUGAAAAGCAUCUUGUUGAUGGAACUUGCAGAUUAUCUGUUGUUCAUAUCUUCUUUUUUUUUCUUUAAGUUGACUGGAAACAAAUUAUAUUUUGUUUUUUAUUUACCUGUCGAAAUGUGUUUAUUUAGAUUGGUAUUGAUCGAUUUGUUUACGGUUUGAAUUGAGUUUGCUCUGUUUAUUUGUGUAACCUCCCAGCAGAUCUCUUUUUUUUUUCCGAGCCCUUAUAAGUUACCAUACUGUAUAUAUUUAUUUUUAAAUACUAAUUACUAAAAACUUUAAGCUAUACCAAAGUUUUUCUAGCAAGUCAGUCCACUGUCGGCCAUCUGUGGAACGCUCUUGGGAGGCUAUUUCCAGUUAUGCCAGUGCAGCUCCUAUCUUCUUGAAUGGGGGAACACCAAAAUCUAAAAAUUGGUUGGCCAAGAUUACGAUCAAAGAACAUCAAAUCAGCAAUAUUAUUUGAUAAUAUUGGAAUCGGCUAAAAAAAACGCAAUUUUCCAGUCUUGUAUUGCUAAUGCACAAGUUGAUUGACAGGCGAUGUCUGUAUCUAAAAAGUGAUUGGCUCUUUUACCUGUUAGGCAGGACUUCCUUCCUACAUCCGAUGGGUGUUAAAGCUUGGUUGGGCGUUCCAAUUUCUCCCAUUAAUUUAAAUAGAAGUGGUCCGUCCCUGCUAAAUAGUUUCUGGCUAUACCUAAAAUCUUAUGUGUUUACAUUAGACUGUUUUCCUUCACUAAGCCAAACCCUGUCCUAUACAUUGAGUCAUUUAAAUGUUUUCCUAAGUGGUUGUUUUGUUAUAAAAUCAACCUAAUUAGCACAUUUUCAGUGACCUGAAAACAAUUAAACAUUAGUGUUCUUAUUUUGUGCUCUAUAUUUUCAUAUGCUGUACAAAAUACACCAUUUAUGUUUUUUUAUCUAGACUAAGUAACAGCAGGGUCUGUGUAAGAGUUGAUUUUUGUUGCAGUUCACAAACAAGGUGUACCUGUUAAUUCAGGAUUCAUUUGAAGGGGAAUCCUCCCAUACACCGGACAAGCUUUAGAUAGACUUAACCUUUGCUUUCAUAUUUGAUUUAAUUUCAUUGUAUUGUGUAGUUAGUUGGCUUUGCAUAAUUUUUAGUACUGGAUGUGGUUUGUGUUCACAAUGAACAGUUGUACUGUCGUAUCCAUAUCAGUAUUUCAGAGAUUGUUUGUGCUUGAUGUACUCUGUUUACAUGUGGAUCAUGUUGUGUUAUCGGCAUUUGCAACAUUAGCAGUCACCUUCAACACCACUGUGGCCCUGAAACUGAAGUGCAGUGAUUAGAAUAAAAUAUAUUAACAUUAUUUUUAAGGACUGAUGUUUCUGAGAGUAACUAGUAAAGAUUUAAUGUUUUAUGAA